UGGCAUGCGCUACCCAACACUAGCGCGUUUGUUUGCGUAGGCGGGCAAACACAUUUGUAGCAACUGUGCGAAUAAUAAAUAAGUAAAACACGGGAAACAUGUUUGGUGAAGCGCAGUCAGAGUCAGCCAGGGUCGAGCGCCAUGUCAGAGCGUCGAGGGGUGCAGGAAAUACCCGUAGACUACCAGCCAGUGGCUACACAAGCAGAUCACAUUGCAAGCACCUCCUGCUGCAGGCGACCCAACUGCAAUAUCGCCGCGAGAGAUGAGCGAAAAGUGUGCUGCUGUGGUCACGGGUACAUCAUACCCGUUUUCAUACUGUUCGUGCUUGUGCUGAUAGUGCUGCUGUUGCCUUGGGAGACGUUUCACAGCAACGAGGGAGCACACGCAAACACCCCCGGCCCAGUUGCGGCCGCGUUUCCAUGCCAACUCCAACUGGUGGAGUCCAUACCCAUUGGACUUAACUUCGCCGAGGGUAGUCCACAGUUCUUGAGCACAUUUGAGUCCUGGCAGCUGCUGCUGGGCAGGGCAAAGACUACAUUGGACAUUGCCGCACCCUACUGGACACUGCGCGGCGUCGGUGUCAAUGACAGCAGCAGCACUCAGCAUGGGGAGCAGCUCUUUCAGCGCCUGCUGUCCAAUGGCGACGCGGGCAGGCCGAAGCUGCGUAUCCGAAUCGCCCUAAAUCGCAGCCAGGAGAGUGUCUGGCAUGCGGACGCCAGGAUCUUUGCCAACUACGGUGCUGCCGAUGUGGUGGCAGUGGAGCGGCUGCGCGCGAAUCUCUGGAUUGUGGAUGGACAGCACUUCUAUCUGGGCAGCGCCAACAUGGACUGGCGUUCGCUCAGCCAGCGCAAGGAAAUGGGCGUCCUGGGCCAAAACUGUCCCCAUCUGACACGUGAUUUGGCCAAGAUAUUUAAAGCGUAUUGGUACUUGGGCAGCAACGAUGUGCCCAGCUACUGGCCCUGGAACUAUCACACGCACAUCAAUCAGCGGCGACCACUUCUGCUGAAUGUGAAUAUGAAUUAUACGAUGCAGGCAUAUGUCUCCAUCUCACCGCCUUCGCUGGCAGCCACGGGGCGUGCCAAUGAACUGGAUGCCGUACUGAAUGCCAUCGACAAAGCCACGGAGUUCGUUUGCAUUGCUUUGGUAGAUUAUUAUCCGCUGUUGAGGCAUCAAGGCAAGCUGGAAUAUUGGCCGCAUUUGGAUAAUGCUCUGCGCAAGGCAGCCGUGGAGCGAGGAGUUGCCAUCAAACUGCUCAUUUCCUGGUGGAAGUAUUCCGAUCCAAGCGAAGAUCACUUUCUGCGCUCACUGCAAGCCCUUUCCCAGCUGAGGGAUGAUGUGGAGAUAGAAAUUCGCCGCUUUGUGGUGCCAACCACAGAGGAGCAGGAGAAGAUACCCCACGGGCGCGUCAAUCAUAACUCCUACAUGAUAACGGAGGAUGUCGCCUAUAUUGGCAGCUCUAGCUGGUCGGGCGAGCAGUUCAUUUACUCGGCUGGCGUUGGACUAAUCUUGCACGACAUGGACUACAAUAACAACAGUCUUCGCACAGAUUUGUUGGCUGUUUUCAAUCGCGAUUGGUUUAGUCCGUUUUCGCUGCCACUGAAGCACAAUUUUCGCAUUUGAAUACGUACCGCUCUACCUCAGGCACUUUACAGC